AUGUGUGGGCAUAUGCAAAUCAUUACAAUCCAUAGUCCGAAAUGUUGCCUUAGUAAAUCUAAAAGCAAGUGCUUCGCAACUGGAAACAUCCAGUUGGAUUGCCAUGAGACGGAUUUUAAGAAAGACGAGUGCCUCUGGUGUGCCGGAAAGUUAACAACCAACAACUGUAACAUUCGCCGCUCAGACCCGGAACACGAUGUCCUUCCGAGACCGAUCGUCCUUGCUCGUCAGAGGGCUUGGCUAAAGCAAGAGACGAGAUACUGGCAGCUAAUUGCAGCUGAGAAGGAGGCCGAGAAAAUCAUAUGGGAGCAAUCGCCAUACCCGCAGGCUAAAUCGGACCUAGUUGAUUUAAUAAGCCUUGUCACACAGAGCGAUGAGGACACUAUGGAUAACAGCGUACGCUCCUGGGAUGCCAGUGAAAGCGACGAUUUAUCCAUCAUCUCAGACGCCGACUUGUCAAGCACGACGGCUGAGAAGGAGGCUGAGAAAACCAUGGAGAAUUUUCUGCGAUACCUGAAGGAGGAGUCCGUAGGGGGAUUAUCAAAAUUCCAGGAGGCUAUGCAGGAACUAAAGGAUAUAUCCCGUGUCAGACGUAGGGACAAGGAGGCUAUGAAUAACUGCCUAAGUUCGGGGGAUAGUAGUGGAUAUCCCAGUGGUACCAAUCAAACAGGAAUUACAAGGACCGAUAUCAGUGCUUGUGAUAAUAUCAACUACAAAGACACAAAACCCCCUAAUACAGCAAACACGUUGGGGGGUGGUGGUGGCCCUGAAUUUUCACGACAGGAGGAUGAGAUUGAUAUGAUCCAUAAAUCGUGUAGAAAGCUCCCAGGCUCUGAACCGACCACAAAAUAUUCGCCACUGUUGGCCCCUACUACAGCAAACGUGCUGGGGGCCAGUGGUGGCCCUGAAUUCUCACGACAGGAGGACGAAAUUGAUAUGGUGCUUAAAUCGUGGGGAAAGCCUCCGGGAACUACACCGACAGCUAAACAUUCGGCACCAUUAGGCACCAUGGACACGACCCUCGGUAUCAAGACAGAGUGUGAUGCUGCCCCUGAGAAUAAAAGUGGCUCGUUCGGACAGACCUCGUCCAAAUUGCGUAUCCCUUAUAUGUUAAAUUAUCUUAGUGACGAGGGAUAUUUGGCAGACUCCUCUGUAUCCUCACUGGACCUAGAGGAUGUAGAAGAACUGAUAUCCGGAUCCCAAGAGAUGCCUUCAAAGCCAUCCUUUUCAAACCCUGAUGAGGAUAAGGCCCGCGAUGCAGAUGACAAGGAACCUGAUGACUGGGCCUGGAGCGCAGACAGCGCUCCCAAAACGAAUCGCAUGACGUAUGGGCUUCCAGCCAACCCGAAGGUUGGAUACCAGGCCCAGCCCGCUGGUAAUGGCCCUCGAGACCCUGUCUCAAUUUGCUCCUUUACCCUCAAACCAAGGCCACAGCCCGUCAAGCAGGAAGAAGUGAUCGAUAAAGAGCACCCCACGGUGUCGUCCGAGGCAAUUUACAAUGCAGACGGCACCAUGAAGGUGGAGGUUCGAGUCAAGGCAGGGCUGAAUUACUCUGUGUCAGGGUCAGAGUUCCUUUUAAGGGGACUUUAA